AUGGAUAGAAAUAUCGCGUACCAGUUCACUGCCGGCACCCAAGGCUUUGACCGUGCAAUCGAAAGCAUUGAGCGGAACAUGCGUGAUGCUCGAACGACUUUCAGUCGCGAGCUGAGGGCUAUCAAUACCGAAAUGGUGGGCAGCCAAACGCAACUGAGCCGUUUUGGUCCGGCGGUCAAUGAUGCGUUGGGCGGCGUCAGCACCAUCAUGCGCUCUGGGCUUUCAAGUGUUGCCGCUGGCCUGAUCGGUGUUUUUGCACUCGGUGCGUUCAAGGUCAAGCAGUUGGUUGUUGACAGCAAGGAUGCGGCAAUUCAGCAGCAGGCAGCUUAUCGGGGCUUAGAGGCGGUCGCCAAUCACGCAGGUGUUGGUAUUGGCCGCGCCAUGGAUGAGGCAAACAAACUUGCUGCUGACGGCCUGAUCAGUGUCGGAGAUUCGGCAAAAGCACUUCAAAAUCUGCUGAGCCGGGGCUACAACGUUGACCAGGCAGUGAGCGUCAUUACGCGCUUGAAAGAUGCUGCUGCCUUUAACCGGCAGGCGAACCUUAGUCUUUCGGAAGCCGUAGUGUCGGCUACCGAAGGUUUGAAGAAUGAAAACUCAGUGUUGGUCGACAACGCCGGUGUAACGAAAAACGUUGCAAAGAUGUGGGAGGAAUAUGCCAAGAGUAUUGGUACCACGCGCGACAAGUUGACCGAUUCACAGAAGAUCACAGCUGAAUACAACGGGGUAAUGAAAGAAACUGAAGCCCAGGUCGGCAACGCAGCGAAAGCGGCUGACGGCUUGACAGGUAGCCAGGCCGAACUUGAUUCAAAAAGCAACGAGCUGCAGGUCACUAUUGGCACGAUUCUGGAGCCUGUUUUUGUCAGCCUGAACAAGCGACUUGCUGAGACGGCCAGUUGGUUCAAUAGUCUGUUGAAAGGAAUGACAGGCGUUGGGGUAACAGUCGACGAAGUUGCAGCGAACGUUGCUCGCUAUGAAGCCAUCCUCAAGGACUUCAAGCCUGGUCCGCGUGGUAAUGGUAGUAAGGCUCCCCUCGAAGCGGCAUUGGUGGAGGAGCGUCUGCUGUUGGAGAACAUGCAACUUGUCUCCAACAAGGUAGACGAGGUGGACGCCGGUAUGCGCUCCCGUGUUGCACGCAUUGAAGAGCAGCGCCGGAAGGUGGCUGACAUGGCGGCAACGGGCGACACCGCGAUGACUAAAGCGCCUCAGCAGGGCCGGACAGCACCAACAGCUUACGGUAUCGAAGUCGCUCGGCUGACGAAGCUUGAAGCCGGUUAUGCCGCCGCAAUUGAGCAUCGAAAAAGCGAAUGGUCCGAAGCGCUGGAUGCGCAAAAGGUCGCGCACGCCCAGCAGCAGGCCGAGCAGGGCACGUUUCUCCAGUUUUCGCAGCAACAGGAAGCGGACUACUGGCAAGGUAUCCUCAAGCGCACCGACUUGACGGCCAAGGAACGGCUGGGCGUGCAGCGCAAUUACUUGACCGCAUUGGGAUCGUUGCGCCGCCAGGAUGAAGGCCAGGCAUUCGCAGACCUUCAGGCUCAGGCGCAGCAAUACCGCAACAACAUGGACGCACGGUUGAAUAUCGCUCAGCAAACGUUGGAGCGCAGCCGGCAGCUUUAUGGCCAGGACAGCCAGGAAUACCGAAAGGCAGCUGCCGAAGUGGUCGCCGUCGAGCGGGAGAAACAGCAACAAAUCACCAAUAUGAAGCAGCAGGAAUAUGCUGCUGAUAAACAGGCCCGGUUGACCGAUGUUGCCCAUGCCGAACAGAUGGCCCAGUUGGACCUGCAGGCCAACCUGAUCACUCAGGGUCAAUUGCUGCAAUCUCAGGCCGAGUUCGAAAAACAGCGGUACGCGAUCGAGGCUGAAGCCUUGGCGCAACGCAAGGCGCUAUUGGACCAGGAUCCCGACCGCAACCCGGUCGCCCUGCAGCAGGUCCAGCAGCAGAUCCUCGCCCUGGAGCAGACUCACCGAAACAGCAUGGCUGUGAUCGGCCGGCAGCAAACCAUGGAAUCCCAGAGUAAUUGGACCGGGAUGAUGGGAAGUUUGCAGUCCAGCUGGAGUAGCGGGCUAAACGGCAUCCUCACCGGGACGAUGAGCACUCAGGGGCUGCUGAAAGGGAUUUUUGGCAGCAUCGGUACCGCGUUUGUCGAAAACAUGGUCACCAAACCUUUGAUGGCUUGGGUAUUCGGUGAAACGGCAAAAACCGGGGCGACCGUAACCGGCGUCGGGUUGCGAACAGCGGCCGAGAUCGGUGGCGCCGCGAUGUCCGUCGCGGUCUGGGGUGCUGCCACCAUCAGCAACAUCAUUUCCAGCGCUUACCAGGCGAUCGCGGGUGCGUUUGCAGCAAUGUCUGCAAUCCCGAUCAUCGGGCCAGCUUUGGGCGUUGCUGCCGGUGUUGCCGCUGGUGCGUUCGUAUUCGGCCUGAUCAAGAACGUGGCCUCUGCUGAGGGUGGUUAUGACAUCCCGGCUGGGGUGAACCCGAUGACCCAGCUCCAUGAACAGGAAAUGGUUCUGCCCAAGCAGUACGCCAACGUGAUCCGCCAGGCCGCGAACGGUGAUGGUCAGUUGGGCGGCGGUGGAGGUGGUGGAUAUCACUAUCACGACAGCAGCGGCCGGCUGACGCCGGCGGAUAUCCGGCGCAACGCCAGGGUAUUUGCUCUUGAAAUGCAGAAGCUGCAGCGCAACGGUGCCCUCAAGGCA